GCAGCACGGCCGGCCAGGCCCGGCGCGCUGGCGUCCGCGGGCGCUGCCGCAUUGGCUGCUGCGGCACGGACGGCGCAGCCACGCGCGCGACGGACACCGCCGCGGAGGUCCCCGCCAGUCCCCCUCGCGGCGUGGCGGCGGCCCACACAUGGCCCUGGAGCUGCGGCCCCAGCGCCUAGUCUUGUGCGCGUCUUCCGCCGCUCGCCCCGGGCCGCCGAGCCCCCGCUGCGGGCGCGAUGCUGAACGGCGCAGGCCUGGACAAGGCUCUUAGGAUGUCCCUGCCGCGGAGGACGCGGAUCGGCUCGUCCGUGGGACCCGUUCGCUCUUCCGGCUACAAGAAGGCAGAGGAUGAGAUGUCCCGGGCCACGUCUGUUGGAGACCAGCUGGAGGCACCGGCCCGCACCAUUUACCUCAACCAACCGCAUCUCAACAAAUUCCGCGAUAACCAGAUCAGUACAGCCAAGUAUAGCGUGUUGACCUUUCUACCUCGAUUCUUGUACGAGCAGAUUAGAAGAGCUGCUAAUGCCUUCUUCCUCUUCAUUGCCUUAUUACAGCAAAUUCCAGACGUCUCUCCGACAGGACGAUAUACCACUCUGGUGCCAUUGAUCAUUAUUUUAACAAUUGCAGGCAUCAAAGAGAUCAUAGAAGAUUUUAAGCGACAUAAGGCGGACAAUGCUGUCAACAAAAAGAAAACAAUAGUAUUAAGAAAUGGUAUGUGGCAUACCAUUGUGUGGAAGGAGGUGGCAGUGGGUGACGUCGUCAAAGUCCUCAAUGGGCAGUACCUUCCUGCGGACAUGGUCCUGCUCUCCUCCAGUGAACCUCAGGCGAUGUGUUACGUUGAAACAGCGAAUCUCGAUGGCGAGACGAACCUUAAAAUACGUCAGGGUCUGACUCACACUGCUGACAUGCAGUCAAGGGAUGUGUUGAUGAAGCUAUCUGGAACCAUCGAAUGUGAAGGACCCAAUCGCCACCUCUACGACUUCACUGGAAACCUGAACUUAGAUGGAAAAAGCCCCGUUUCCCUUGGGCCUGACCAGAUCUUGCUAAGAGGCACACAGCUUAGAAAUACUCAGUGGGUCUUUGGCAUAGUGGUGUACACUGGACACGACACCAAGCUGAUGCAGAAUUCAACCAAAGCACCUCUCAAAAGAUCGAAUGUGGAGAAAGUGACGAACGUGCAGAUCCUGGUGUUGUUCGGAAUCCUCUUGGUCAUGGCCUUGGUGAGCUCUGUGGGGGCUCUGUACUGGAACGGAUCCCAUGGUGGGAAGAACUGGUACAUCAAAAAGAUGGACACGAGCUCGGAUAACUUUGGAUACAAUCUGUUGACGUUCAUCAUUUUGUACAACAAUCUAAUUCCAAUCAGUCUGCUGGUGACCCUGGAGGUUGUGAAGUACACACAAGCCCUCUUUAUAAACUGGGACACAGAUAUGUAUUAUCUAGGAAAUGAUACUCCUGCAAUGGCCAGGACAUCAAACCUUAAUGAAGAGCUUGGGCAGGUAAAAUACCUGUUUUCUGACAAGACUGGGACUCUUACAUGCAAUAUCAUGAACUUCAAGAAGUGCAGCAUUGCUGGAGUGACCUAUGGCCAUUUCCCGGAGCUGGCGAGGGAGCCGUCCUCUGAUGACUUCUGUCAUAUGCCACCACACCCUAGUGACUCCUGUGAUUUUAAUGAUCCCCGACUAUUGAAGAACAUUGAAGAUCACCAUCCCACAGCCCCUUGCAUCCAGGAGUUCCUCACCCUGCUGGCUGUGUGUCACACCGUGGUUCCUGAGAAGGAUGGAGACAACAUCAUCUACCAGGCCUCCUCCCCAGACGAAGCUGCGCUGGUGAAAGGAGCUAAGAAGCUGGGCUUUGUCUUCACCGGCAGGACACCAUACUCUGUCAUUAUAGAGGCGAUGGGACAGGAGCAGACAUUUGGAAUCCUUAAUGUUCUGGAAUUUUCUAGUGACAGAAAAAGGAUGUCGGUGAUUGUUCGAACUCCUUCAGGACAACUUCGACUCUACUGUAAAGGGGCUGAUAAUGUAAUUUUUGAGAGACUUUCAAAAGACUCAAAAUACAUGGAGGAAACCUUAUGUCAUCUGGAAUAUUUUGCUACAGAAGGCUUGCGGACUCUGUGCGUGGCUUACGCUGACCUCUCUGAGAACGAGUACGAGGAAUGGCUGAAAGUCUACCAGGAAGCCAGCACCAUACUGAAGGACAGAGCUCAACGCCUGGAAGAGUGCUAUGAGAUCAUUGAGAAGAAUUUACUGUUACUUGGAGCCACAGCCAUAGAAGACCGUCUUCAGGCUGGGGUGCCAGAAACUAUAGCAACUUUACUGAAGGCAGAAAUUAAAAUAUGGGUGUUGACAGGAGACAAACAAGAAACUGCAAUUAAUAUUGGAUAUUCCUGCAAGCUGGUGUCGCAGAAUAUGGCUCUGAUCCUACUAAAGGAGGAUUCUUUGGAUGCAACAAGGGCAGCGAUCACUCAGCACUGUACUGAUCUGGGCGCUCUGCUGGGCAAAGAGAACGACGUGGCCCUCAUCAUCGACGGGCACACGCUCAAGUACGCGCUGUCCUUCGAAGUCCGGAGAAGCUUCCUGGAUCUGGCGCUGUCGUGUAAAGCAGUCAUAUGCUGCAGAGUGUCUCCUCUGCAGAAAUCCGAGAUAGUAGACGUGGUGAAGAAGCGGGUGAAGGCCAUCACCCUGGCCAUUGGAGAUGGAGCUAAUGAUGUGGGGAUGAUUCAGACAGCCCACGUGGGAGUGGGCAUCAGUGGCAAUGAGGGCAUGCAAGCCACCAACAAUUCGGACUACGCCAUUGCACAGUUUUCCUACUUGGAGAAGCUUUUGCUGGUUCAUGGAGCCUGGAGCUACAACCGUGUGACCAAGUGCAUCCUGUACUGCUUCUACAAGAAUGUGGUCCUGUACAUCAUUGAGCUCUGGUUUGCCUUUGUAAAUGGAUUUUCUGGGCAGAUUUUAUUUGAACGUUGGUGCAUUGGCCUGUACAACGUGAUUUUCACCGCGUUGCCGCCCUUCACUCUGGGAAUCUUCGAGAGGUCUUGCACCCAGGAGAGCAUGCUCAGAUUUCCUCAGCUCUACAAAAUCACCCAGAAUGCCGAAGGCUUCAACACCAAGGUUUUCUGGGGUCACUGCAUCAACGCCUUGGUCCACUCCCUCAUCCUCUUCUGGUUUCCCAUGAAAGCGCUGGAGCACGAUACACCAUUGACCAAUGGACAUGCUACUGACUAUUUAUUUGUUGGGAAUAUUGUUUACACGUAUGUUGUUGUUACCGUCUGUCUGAAAGCCGGCUUGGAGACCACUGCGUGGACGAAGUUCAGUCACCUGGCUGUCUGGGGAAGCAUGCUGACCUGGCUGGUGUUUUUCGGCAUCUACUCAACCAUCUGGCCCACCAUCCCUAUUGCUCCGGACAUGAAAGGGCAGGCAGCCAUGGUCCUGAGCUCUGCACACUUCUGGCUGGGAUUGUUUCUGGUCCCCACUGCCUGUUUGAUGGAAGAUGUGGCAUGGAGAGCAGCCAAGCACACUUGCAAAAAGACGCUGCUGGAAGAAGUACAGGAGCUGGAAACCAAGUCCAGGAUGAUGGGGAAAGAGAUGCUGCAGGACAGCAAUGGAAAGAGGAUGAAUGAGCGUGACCGCCUGAUCAAGAGGCUCAGCAGGAAGACACCCCCGACCCUCUUCCGAGGCAGCUCUGUCUCCCAGAGUGUCCCCCAUGGCUAUGCCUUUUCGCAAGAAGAGCACGGAGCUGUGACUCAAGAAGAAAUAGUCCGCUCUUACGACACCACCAAGAAGAAAGCCAAGAAGAAGUAAGAGGCUCCCGGCGGAGGAGCCUAGGAGAGAGAUUGCGGUUUGUUACACCCAGUAUUCACAGGUCUCGGUGGGAUGAGACGGGCGGCAACCGCCCAAGCGCCAGAAAAACACAUUUCUGUGGCCUUAGCCAACCAGUUGGUUAGUUAUAUAUUCCCCCGCAAACCCGGAGUAGACCCCGCUGGGGAAGCCGUUUGUCGCCCUCCCCGUUUGUCUGCAGUGCUUGGCCUGAUUUCUGUUUACACGGUUAUGAAGCGUUCAGCUGAGCUCUGUGAGGUGUGAAAUUAAAAACAUUGUUUCACCA